GGUGUCAAGCCAGCAAACCAAACACAUUCUUCAAGCUGGAAUGAGGGGAAGAACCCUGGACAACAGAAGACAAAACCCACAGUGAAACCUGUCCAGGUUUUGACAAGAGAUAAGAAAAGAAUGAAGAAAGAGGAGGUUCCAGGACCUAGACGUUGUCCGUUCUGGGAACACUUUCAACUGGAGAGUGAGAUCUUUAACUAGAAAUUUAGGACAUACCAAGAGAAGGCAAAGAUGAGUAUACCAGCUGCUGGCCAUUUCCCCAAACGGAAGGAAAUGAGCCAGGCCCAGAAACCGCUGACACUGGAGGAUGUGGCCGUGGACUUCACCUGGGAGGAGUGGCAGCUCCUGGGCCCUGAUCAGAAGAUCCUGUACAGGGACGUGAUGUUGGAGACCUACAGCCACCUGGUGUCCGUGGGGUAUCAAGUCAGCAAACCAGAUGCUCUCUCCAAGUUGGAACUAGGGGAAGAAACGUGGACAAUAGACAAUGAACUCCACAGACUAGUCUGUCCAGACACUGGAAAAGUUGAUAAUUAUCUCCAGGAUCACUGGGAAAAUCAAAGAAUGUUGGAAGGUAUGGAACAAAUGCACAAACAAGAUACAUUUGGAAAUAUUGUUCCUCAAAGCAAAAGGCAUUUUCCUUUCAGGCAAAAUCAUGGUGUGUUUGACUUCUACAUGAAAACUCUGAAAUCAAAUUUAAGUUUAGUCAAACAGAGUAAAAGCUAUGAAACUAAGAACUCUGCUAAGUUGAAUGGAGAUGGAAAAUCAUUUCAGCAUGGCAAACAUGAUUUUCAUCUUGCAGUUAAAUUCCCUGUCAGUGCAAAACCCAUUAGCAAUAAGUCCCAGGUCAUUAAGCAUCAGGGAACUCAGGAGGUAGAGAAAGCCCACGUGUGCAGUGAAUGUGGAAAAAGCUUUGCUAAGAAGUCUCAGCUCACUGAUCACGAGAGAAUUCACACAGGAGAGAAACCUUACAGUUGUAGUUUGUGUGCAAAAGUCUUCUCCAGAAAAUCCAGGCUCAAUGAUCAUCAGAAAAUUCAUGAAAGAGAGAAAUCCUUUAUAUGCAGUGACUGUGGCAAAGUCUUCACCAUGAAGAGCCGUCUGAUUGAACACCAGCGAACUCACACUGGAGAGAAACCUUAUGUGUGCAAUGAAUGUGGAAAAGGCUUCCCAGGAAAGCGUAAUCUCAUUGUACAUCAACAAAAUCAUACUGGAGAGAAAUGCUAUGUCUGUGGUGAAUGUGGGAAAGGCUUCACUGGGAAAAGCAGGCUCAUCAUACAUCAGCGAACUCAUACUGGAGAGAAACCCUACACCUGCAGUGACUGUGGGAAAGCUUUCACCACGAAGCACUAUGUCCUCAUACACCAACGAAAUCAUACAGGAGAGAAACCAUACGUAUGCAAUGAGUGUGGGAAAGGAUUCACCAUGAAGAACCGUCUGAUUGAACACCAGCGAACUCACACUGGAGAGAAACCCUAUGUGUGCAGUGAAUGUGGAAAAGGCUUUACCAGGAAGAGUAACCUCAUUGUGCAUCAGAGAAAUCAUACGGUAGAGAAAUCCUAUGUAUGUGACGAAUGUGGAAAAGGCUUCACGGUGAAGAGCAUGCUUAUCAUACAUCAGCGAACGCAUACUGGAGAGAAACCCUACACCUGCAGUGAGUGUGGGAAAGGCUUCCCCUUGAAGAGUCGGCUGGUUGUACAUCAGCGAACACAUACUGGAGAGAAACCAUACAGAUGCAGUGAAUGUGGGAAAGGAUUCAUCGUGAAUAGUGGGCUGAUGUUACACCAGCGAACUCAUACUGGAGAGAAACCCUAUAUAUGCAGUAAAUGUGGAAAAGGUUUUGCCUUUAAGAGCAACCUUACGGUACAUCAGCGGACUCAUACUGGGGAGAAACCCUUUUCGUGCAGUGAAUGUGGAAAAGGCUUCACCAUGAAACGCUAUCUCCUCGUACAUCAGCAAAUUCAUACAGAAGAGAAAUCCUAUAUGUGUGGUGAAUGUGGAAAAGGCUUUGCCAUGGAAACUGAGCUCAUUUUACAUCAGCAAAUCCAUACUGGGGAGAAACCUUAUGCGUGCAAUGCAUGCGGGAAAGGAUUUGCUGUGAAAAGUCGUCUAAUCGUCCAUCAACGAACUCACACCGGAGAGAAACCUUUUGUGUGCAGUGAAUGUGGGAAGGGCUUCUCUUCAAAGAGAAAUCUCCUUGUACAUCAGCAAACCCAUUCAGGAGACAAAUCCUAUAUAUGCAGUGACUGUGGGAAAGGGUUCACCAUGAAGCGCUACCUGAUGGCACAUCAGCGAACACAUAGUGGAGAGAAGCCUUAUGUUUGCAACGAAUGUGGGAAAGGCUUCACUGUGAAGAGCAAUCUAAUUGUGCAUCAGCGAACUCACACAGGGGAGAAACCCUAUGUAUGCAGUGAGUGUGGGAAAGGCUUCACCAUGCAGCACUAUCUUGUUGUACAUCAGCGCACACACACUGGAGAGAAACCCUAUGUAUGUGAUGAAUGUGGAAGAGACUUCACUGUGAAGAGUAAUCUCAUUGUCCAUCAAAGAUCUCAUACAGGGGAAAAAUCUUACAUAUGCAGUGAGUGUGGAAAAGGCUUCACCGUGAAGCGCAAGCUCACUAUACACCAGCGAACUCAUACAGGAGAGAAAUUGUACAUAUGUGAGGAAUGUGGGAAAGGCUUCACCACUAAGUGCACCCUCAUUAUACAUCAGCGCACUCACACAGGAGAAAAACCCUAUGAAUGCAAUGAGUGUGGGAAGGCCUUCAGCCAGAAGAUCAGCCUCAGACAACAUGAGCGAUGCCAUACGGGAAAGACACCCUUUGUGUGUAGUGAGUGUGGAAAACAAUAUUCUCACAAGUAUGGUCUCAUUACCCAUCAGAGAAGUCACACGGGAGAGAAACCGUAUGAGUGCAAGGCGUGUGGGAAAGCCUUCGCCACAAAGUCAGUCCUCAAUGUCCACCGAAGAACUCACACAGGAGAGAGACCCUAUGAGUGCAGCAUUUGUGAGAAAGCCUUCUCCCAAUUGUCACACCUUGUUAAACAUCAGAAAACGCACACCCGAGAAAUGGGUAGAUUCACUCAAGCUGGAAAUUCUUUUAAUGGAGAGUCACGGUCACUACCUGUGAGUGAUGUCAUGCGAAACAACACACCUAUUAAUGCAAUUUCUGUGGAAUGCCUUCUGGGACAACCAGGACCUCAUUAAACAUCAGUGUUUCUAGCAGAUGAGAAUGCAAACAUGGUAAUGCCUGUUGUCAGACGUGUGCCCUGAGGAGAUUAAGGAAUUUUCCCUGGAGAUUAACUUGGUGAGGACAGUGACUGUGGCAGUGCCUUGAGUGAUCCUUACCUCACAUUUUCUGUCAGUGAAAACAUGUUGGAAAAACUCUGAUACGUCCAAUGUGAAGAUGCCUUUCCACCUUCAUUAUAUGCCUCAACAAAACUUUCUGGCUUCAAUAUACGUAUGAAAAGUGCAUAUUGAGACAAAUUCUGUGUAUAGAGAGACGAGGAAAGCUUUCAGUGGGAAGAUAGACUUUAUUAUCAGGGAUUGUCAUAGAUCAUCGGUGUGUUCAUUGUUCGUAGAAGUAUGAAAAACAGACAAACAAUAAAGAACAAAGAAAUGUGGUAACCACGGGAAAGCCUCUACCCAGAAAGAAGACCUCAGUGAUAGUCACAGUUCACACUGGACACAAACUUUAAGAGAACUGCAUUAUACUUGACAAUUUCACUGAUGCAUUCUAACCCAUUGUUUGAAAAUCAUAUAGAAGUUAAGGCUUUAUGAACAUGCUAAAUUUAGAGCACUUUUAGUCAAAUAUCAGAGAACUUAACAAAGGAAAGAAGUUCUAUGAAAAGGGAUAAUGUUUGAGUGGGGUUUUUUUUGUUUGUUUUUGAAAGACCACACUGUGCUACACCACUGGUGGUGGUGGUUUUUAUGUUGAAUCUGUACCAAUGGUCCUCAAACUUCAGCAUGCUCCAUUUCUUUUAAAUAUAUUUUUCAUUGAUUCCAGAGAGGAAGGGACAGGGGGAGAGAGAGAGAAACAUCAAAGAUGAGAGAGAAUCAUUGAUCAGCUGCUCCUGCACGCCCCCUACCUGGAAUCGAGCCGGCACAACAAUGGGAAUCGAACCAUGACCUGGUUCAUAGUUCAACACUCAACCACUGAGCAACAUCAGCUGGGCUGAGUGUUCUGUUCUAAGUCUAACUUUAUUUCAUUUUACAUUAGAUAAUUCACCUGAUAAAAACUAGUGUGCUUUCCUCACUCCUGAUUAAUUGUUACUGUUAAAUGCAACAUAGGAGUGUUCUGUGACCUCAUACGAUUAGCUCUCACCUUUCUUUGGCUCGAAAUUUAAUUGUAAAUUUAUCAUACAGAAAUAGUUUAAAAGAAAACAUUUUAAAUUUAUAAAUAUAACAUAUUUAUACUUACCCAAUCAAGUUUAUAAGUAUGGCCAAAUAUUUUAUAAAACCACCUUCAAAGUUAUUUUUAUAAAAUGUUUAAUAUGAAAUUAUUUUAACUUACAAGAAAUUGCAAAACAGUCCAUAGAUUUUCCUAGUAUUCUUUACCCAGCUACUCACAGUAAAAACAUCUGAUAAAACCAUUUUUUAUUGAAUCCAGAAAAAUGACAUUGGUAGUAUACUGUUAAUGAAACUCUUAACCUUAUUUGGAUUCUAUUAGACUUUACAUGUAUUUUUUUUAAGUUUGUAAUUCUAAGCUUUAUUACCUUAUAUAGAGCCACAUAACCACAACCAUGAUGGAAAAUUGCUUAAUCUACAGAUUCCCCCGUGCUAAUGUUUUUUAGGCUCAUAUCCUCUAUCUGAAACCUACCUCUGGCAAACACUUGACCUGUUUUCCAUCAGUUUAAUUUUGGCAUUUCAUGAAUGUUAUAGGAAUCAUUUUUAUAGUUGGAUUUUAUACGUUUUAUAUAAAUCAAUUGUAUUUAUUUAUACAAAUUUAUAAUGUUUUACUAAUGGGGACCAUGUAAGCAUUUCGUGUUUUUGUCACUUGGCAAAUUGCUCUUAAUUGAGUUGAGAAUAGUUUUCUUUUUAUUAGUGAGUACAUACAUACACUGGAUAUACCAGUUUGUUUAGCCAUUCAAACUCGUGAAAGAUUUGUAUUGUUUCCUGGUUUCAGCUGUUAUAAAUCAUAAUGAUGCUAUGAAGUCUGCGUACAGUGUUCUGUGUGAAUGUAAACGUCUAUUCCUCUACAAUACAUAUACAGGUAAUGAUUAUUGGGAUAUUUGUUACGUUAUAUUUGGCUUCAUAAGAAAUUACCAAACUCUUCCAGAAUGGCUGUACUAUUUUACAUUCUUCCCAGCAAUGUGUGAAGUCUGAGUUGCUCAACAUCCUCUCCAGCACUUGGUAUGUUCACUGUCUUCUACUUUGGCCAUUCUACUAGCCACAUAUGUGAGAUUUUAAAAAAUAUAUAUAUUUUAUUGAUUUUUUACAGAGAGGAAGGGAGAGGGAAUAGAGUUAGAAACAUCGAUCAGCUGCCUCCCACACACCUCCCACUGGGGGUGUGCCUGCAACUAAGGUACAUGCCCUUGACCGGAAUCGAACCUGGGACCCCCAGUCCACAGGCCGAUGCUCUAUCCACUGAGCCAAACCAGUUAGGGCCACAUAUGUGAGAUUUAAUUGCUCUUCAUCCUUCCCAGCACUUGGUGUUGUCGUUACGUUUUACAUUAACCAUUCCAAUAGGCAUGUAGUAGUAUUUGAUCUUGAGCUUAACUGUAUUUUCCUAAUGGCUAAUAAUGAUCAACAUUAUAUUAUUAUUGGUUUUGUUGUUAUUUUUGGAGUUAUUUUUAAGUGGAAGUUUGUACCUUUUGACCAUCCCCACCAUCCCUACCCCUCUGGCAACCAGCAAUCUUUUCACUAUAUCAGUGAGUUUGUUUGGUUUUAGAUUCUACAUAUAAGUGAGAUCAUACAGUAUUUGUCUUUUUUUAAAAAAUAUAUAUUUUAUUGAUUUUUUACAGAGAAGAAGGGAGAGGGAUAGAGAGAAACAUCGAUGAGAGAGAAACAUCAAUCAGCUGCCUCCUGCAUACCCCCCACUGGGAUGUGCCUGCAACCAAGGUAUAUGCCCUUGACUGGAAUCAAACCUGGGACCCUUGAGUCCUCAGGCCGACACUCUAUCCACUGAGCCAAACCAGUCAGGGCAGUAUUUGUCUUUCUCUGACUUAUCUCACUUAGCAUAAUAUCCUCAAGGCCCAAGCAUGAGUUGCAAAUGCCAGGAUAUCCUGCUUUCUCAUGGCUGAAUAAUAUCCCAUUAUGUAUACAUAGGUAUAUAAUCCUCUAUAAUAAAAGUGUAAUAUGUAAAUCGACUGAACGGCCCAACAGCAGGACGACCAUCCAGACGACCGUCUGGAACCACACUAUGAUACCCACUGACUGGUGCCAGGCCAGCCACGGUGGGUGCGAUGCAAUUGGUUGGGGGCCCGGCCGCACCCCAUUAUUGCCCCAAAGAGGGAGGCCCAGGCCACCAGCCGACAGGGUGAUCAAUCCGGGGGGGGGAGGGGCGGGAGGCGUGCUCCACGAUUGCCCCAAAGAGGGAGGUCCAGGCCACUGACCAGCAGGCUGCAGCGGGUGGGCAGUGCUGGGUCCCGGGUCCCGGGUCCCGGCAGCCAUGGGAAGGAAGGCCUACUCUUGCACAAAUUUCAUACAUUGGACCUCUAGUGUAUAUAUAACAUAUACACAUAACACACCUUUGUCCGUCAGUCCAUCGAUUAACACUUAGGUGGUUUCCUUUUCUUGUCUAUUGUAAAUAGUUCUGUAAUGAACACGGUUAUGCAGAUAUCUUUUUGAGAUAUUUUGUUUUCUUUAGAUAAAUACCAUAAGUGGAAUUGCUGGGCUGUAUGGUAGAUCUCUUUCUUAAUUUUUAAGGAAUCUGUACUGUUUCCCGUUUCCCAGAGUUGCAUAAAUUUUACAAUCUCAUUUUUUUAUGUUUCCACUAGUGGCCUGGCGCACGACAUUCGUGCAUGGGAGGGGGGGUGUCCCUCAGCCCGGCUUGCAGCCUCUCCAAUCUGGGACCCCUCGGGGGAUGUCCGGCUGCCGGUUUAGGCCCAAUCCCGCGGCCUAAACUGCUUCCCUGCCAGCCUGAUCGUCCCCAACUGCCCUCCCCUACCUGUGGAAAACCCAGAAAUGCAGUUGUCAUUUUGUCUGCAAAAAUGCCUGAGACCUUUGGCGGGUAAUGAGGAAAGGGGCAGAGUUCCGUAAAUUUAGUGCAGUUGUUGGUGGGUCCUGGUGAUUUGUGGGGUCAGGUCAGUGUCUGGGUCUCUGGGUGCACAGUGGGGGGAGAGGGCCUGUCCAAGUCCACCUUGGGUGAUGCGAGUGGCAUUGCAGGGGAGCCCUAAGGUGUCCAAAAUAGGGUGUAUUGUGUGAUUAGGGUGUGCCUGUGGCCUCUGUCAGGACCUGCUCUUGUGGUUAAAAACCUCCAGAUAUAAAUGUCUUAGUCCCGAGGGCACAUUUUGCCAUUUUUUUGCUGCUAACUCUCUGUGGGGCCGCACAAUUUCAAACUGCAGAGUGGUGUUAGUCGGUGAAUGCUCUGUGUGGCUCGGGUUUGUUUGGGGGUUAAAUGAUGGAUGAACUUUUUGGGGGUCAAUGUACUGGGGUAAUGGCAGGAAGCACCUGGGGUUCAGUGCACAUAUGGGCUGAUGCUUUGGAGGCCCUGAUACUGGGCCUGCCUGUGUGUGAUGCCAUUGUCAUUAGUUAUUAAUAACUAGGGGCCCAGUGCACGGAUCAUGCAGCUUGAAUGGAACUGUGGGCCUCAAGGCUGAGGCUGCAGUGCGCACAGGGGCGGGUCUCAGGGGUGGGUCUCGGCCCAUUCUCCAUGCCCCCUGCCCCUCCUGCCGUGGCAAUCCCCUGUCUGAAGGCAAUCCCGCUCCCGCCACUGCUCCCACAUGCUGACCCGCUGACGGCGGCACAGCAGUGACUGGGGCCAGUGCCAACAACAGGUGUGAGAGGUGGCUGCUGCCCCUAUCGAUUGCCCCUCAGGAGCAGGGGGAGGUGGAGAAGCCCGCACCAAUCACUGCACUCACCAGCAGUCAGCCUGGAUUCUAGCUGAGCAGCGCUCCCGCUGUGGGAGAGCAAGGACCACCAGGGGGCAGCUCCUGCGUUGAGCAUCUGCCGCCUGGUGGUCAGUGCGUGUCAUAGCCGCUGGUCGUUCAGUCAAUUUGCAUAUUAGCCUUUUAUUAUAUAGGACUAGAGGCCCGGUGCACAAAAAUUUGUGCACUCGGGGGGGGGGGGGUCCCUCAGCCUGGCCUGUGCCCUCUAGCAGUCUGGGAC